AUGUCACGACAGGACGACGUAUCAGAUCUGACGGUGAACCAAGCAGCAAUAUAUGCGUUACAGAUUGAAGCAGAUCCAACGGAAGUGUUGACGCUUUCGGCGUCCACAUCCGAACAGUGGAUAUUCGCUCCGAUUGCGGUGAUCAUCCAACAAAUGUCCAUGAAGAAGCCUCCACCACAACCUCGUGAGAAAACGGAGACGAAUACUGCGUUCUUUCUUGAGACUGUUGUCCCAUUCCUUUUCGCUGGUCUUGGAUUGAUUUUUGCCGGUCUUCUGCUCGAGGACGCAGAAACUUGGACAUUCUUCACGGAACUACCGGAUGCUGUCACUUUGGUGCCGACUUUGGUCGGCUUAAAAGGAAAUCUCGAGAUGACCUUAGCGUCAAGGCUAUCCACAUUGGCAAACCUUGGAUUUAUGGAUACAAGCAAACAAAAAUGGCAAGUAGCAGUAUCUAACAUGGCCCUGAUCCAAACGCAGGCUAUCGUUAUAUCAUCAAUUGCUGUGGUACCUGCUGUGGUUUUAGGAGAAAAACCGUUUGCUGUGUGCGAUUUUUUCUGUGUUCUCUUGUCCGCAGUUGCAACUGCAUCGCUUGCUUCGUUACUGCUGGGAGUACUGAUGAUCGGUGUUGUCAUCAUGGCAAGGCAAUUCAAGAUGAAUCCCGACAACAUCACGACGCCAGUUGCUGCGUCAUUAGGAGACGUGUCUACAUUAUUUAUCCUUCUUGGACUUGGAACCUUACUAAUGAGAAUUCGGGAACAAUACUGUUGGAUUCUCGUUCUGCUCCUACUUUUCUUCUAUGGAAUCGCUGUCGUUGGAGCGUUCAUCGCAUCCGAAGAUCAGUUCACUGUUGAGGUUCUAAAACAUGGCUGGUGGGCUGUACUUGCUGCAAUGUCAAUAACUACUCUUAGUGGUUUUGUGCUCAAGAGUUCCAUGCAUAAAUAUCCUCCAAUUGCCGCUUUUCAACCGCUCAUCAACGGUGUUGGAGGGAAUUUAGUAUCCGUUCAAGCUAGUCGUAUAAGCACAGGAUUACAUCGAUCACGAAAAAAUCAAACACGAGAUCCGAAAAGUUUGUGGACUUAUGCAAGUCCAUGGCAUGCGUUUAUAGUCACUCACGAGGAUUCCGUGGCUGCACGAAUUCUUAUGGGUAUUUCAAUUCCGGGAAAUCUAAUCUUUAUGAACAUUAUUUUUAUGUUCGAUUGUGGAUUCGUUAACACUGUUCGAUUUACUCUAACGUUCCUACUAGUUUCCCUCACACAGAUUAUUUUGCUACUUUAUUUUUGUCAAAUCCUUGUACGAGUGAUGUGGCGGCUUCGAAUCGAUCCGGACAGUUCAGCGAUCCCAUUGCUGACGGCAGCCGGUGAUCUAAUGGGUGGUGUGUUCCUGAUCGGUUGUUUCUGGCUGGCGUCAAAUGUUUACGGGAUGAAAGUUGGACAGGAAUAUUUCCCGAACCAGCACUUCGGGGUCCAUUAG